AUGAUUGCGUCUAUUGAAAAGAACAAGCUCGUCUACGUCCUCAAUCGAAAUGCUCAAGCCGAACUCUCUAUAUCCUCUCCCCUCGAAGCGCACAAAUAUGGAGUUCUUGUUCUAUCCCUCGUAGCUCUCGAUGUGGGCUAUUCGAAUCCUGUCUUUGCAGCUCUUGAGACGGACUAUUCAAAGUCAGACCAGGAUCCCUCUGGACAAGAGAUACCUGACGUUGAGCUCGUUUACUACGAGCUGGAUCUAGGUCUCAACCACGUGGUCCGCAAGUGGUCGGAAACUGUCGACUCCACGGCAUCAUUGCUCUUCCAAGUCCCUGGCGGGAAUGAUGGCCCAAGUGGCGUCCUUGUGUGUGGAGAGGAAAGCAUUACAUACCGACAUUCGAACCAAGACCCUCUUCGUGUCCCUGUUCCACGGCGUCGAGGAGCUACAGAAGACCCGCAACGGAAGCGUACUAUGAUUGGUGGUGUGGUGCACAAGCUCAAGAAUAGCCCUGAAGCGUUCUUCUUUAUGCUACAGACAGAAGAUGGCGACCUUUUUAAGCUCACGUUUGACCUGCAAGAUAACGAGGGUAGUCUGACAGGAGAGGUACGGCGCAUCAAGAUUAAGUAUUUUGAUACUCUCCCUGUUGCGAGCAGUCUAUGUAUUCUUAAGAGCGGAUUUCUCUUUGUUGCUACUGAGUCUGGUAAUCAUCAUUUUUAUCAAUUUGAAAAGCUCGGCGACGACGAUUCAGAGUCUGCAGUUACCAGCGACGAUUUUCCUACCGACCCUCGUGCUGCUUACCAGCCUGUCUACUUCUACCCACGUCCUCUAGAGAAUCUCACUUUCGUAGAAAGCAUUGAUUCUUUGAGUCCUCUUCUGGACUGUAGGGUUGCUGAUGUGACAGGGGAAAAUGCGCCACAGAUCUAUUCGGUAUCCGGCAACGGCGCGAGGAGCCAUUUUCGGAUGCUCAAGCAUGGGCUGGAGAUCAACGAGGUUGCGACUUCUGAGCUACCUGGAACAGUCUCUGGUGUCUGGACCACGAGAUUGACAAGACACGACAAAUAUGACGCAUACAUCAUCUUGACCUCAUUCGAUAACACAUUGGUCAUGAGUGUUGGGGAUGAAGUCGAGCAAGUCAGCGAUUCGGGCUUUCUCACGUCUGUGACCACCCUUGCCAUCCAGCAAAUCGCGGACGAUGGUCUCGUACAAAUUCACCCCAGAGGCAUCCGACAUCUCCGUGGCGGGGAAAUCAAUGAAUGGCCUGUUCCCCAACAUCGAUCUAUAGUAGCCGUUGCUACAAAUGAGCAACAGAUUGCAGUCGCCUUAAGCUCAGGAGAGAUUGUCUAUUUCGAGGUCGAUAGCGAUGGACCGCUUGCUGAGUACGAUGAGAAGAAAGAAAUAUUUAGCACAGUAACCUGUCUAAGUUUAGGACCAGUCCCUGAAGGGCGACUCCGAAGCCCCAUGUUGGCGGUGGGAUGCGAGGAUUGCACCGUUCGAAUCCUUAGCUUGGACCCAGAUUCCACGCUCGAGAGCAAGUCUAUACAAGCGCUGACUGCGGCACCCUCGGCGCUAAGCAUCAUGGCGAUGGAGGAUCCAUUAUCUCGUAGCUCUGGAUUGUACUUGCAUAUCGGCCUGAGUUCUGGUGUCUAUCUCCGAACUGGAUUGGAUGAAAUUACAGGAGAGUUAUCUGAUACGCAAACGAGGUUCCUUGGUCUUAAGGCUAUUAAGCUCUUCCAGGUAACAGUCAAGGGGCAAAUCUGUGUUCUAGCUCUUGGCUCCAAGCCAUGGAUGGGGUAUACUGACUCGAAACGAGGAUUCAUGAUGACACCUCUUGACUGCGAUGAAUUGGAGUGGGGAUGGAACUUUAGCAGUGAGCAGUGUGAGGAGGGUAUCAUCGCGAUUCACGCCAACUUCCUCCACAUUUUCUCCAUCGAAAAUCUGUACGAUAAUUUGGUCCGGAAAUCUCUGCCUCUCACAUACACACCACGACAUUUUGUUAAGCAUCCUAAUGAGCCAUACUUCUACACGGUCGAAGCGGACAACAAUGCACUGGGUCCUGAACUACGUACACAGUUGCUGGCGGCAGCUGAAAACCAAACGAAUGGGGAUGCCAAACUACUCCCACCAGAAGAAUUUGGCUAUCCGCGUGGUCAUGGUCGAUGGGCCUCAUGCAUAAGUGUUGUCGAUCCCAUCGGCGAACAGGUCCUUCAGACGAUCGAGCUCGAAGGCAACGAGGCUGCUAUGAGUGUUGCGGUGGUUCCAUUCACUGGUCAGGAUGGCGAGAGCUUUCUGCUCGUUGGUACUGGCAAAGACAUGAUCCUCAAUCCCAGGCAAUUCUCCGAGGGCUACAUCCACGUCUAUCGAUUCCAACAAAACGGGAGAGAGCUGGAGUUUAUUCACAAGACCAAGGUAGAGGAGCCUCAGAUGGCGCUUGUGGCUUUCCAAGGUCGGCUAGCUGCAGGAAUCGGCAAAGCCCUACGAAUCUAUGAUCUGGGCUUGAAGCAACUACUCCGAAAAGCUCAUGUUGAGGUGGCACCGCAGUUGAUAGUGUCUCUAAAUACUCAGGGCAGCCGUAUCGUUGUCGGUGACCUCCAGCAGGGCGUGACAAUGGUUGUGUUCGAUCAUCAGUAUCAAAAGCUAAUCCCUUUCAUCGAUGACACAAUUGCACGCUGGACAACCUGUACGGCCAUGGUUGACUACGAAUCGGUGGUUGGUGGUGAUAAAUUUGGUAACCUCUGGAUUGUCCGAUGCCCCGAGAAGGCAAGUCAAGAGGCAGACGAGGGUGGAAAUACUCUUCUCAAUGCACGGGAUUACCUCCACGGCGCGCCAAACCGACUUGACGCGGUGGCGCAUUUCUUUGCUCAAGAUAUACCGACCAGCAUCACCAAGGCCAGCCUCGUCGUGGGAGGGCAGGAUGUUCUCGUUUGGAGCGGUUUACAAGGCAGCAUCGGCGUGCUCAUCCCCUUCGUCACACGCGAUGACGCUGAAUUCUUCCACACGCUAGAGAUGCAUAUGCGUACUCUUGACCCGUCGCCUGUUGGCCGUGAUCAUCUGAAGUAUCGUAGCUAUUAUGAGCCGAUCAAGGGCUUCAUAGAUGGAGAUCUAUGCGAGCGGUAUCGGCUACUUCCUGCAGACAAGCAACAAAUUGCAAACGAGCUCGAUCGCUCCGUGAGACACAUUGAACGUAAAGUCUCUGUACAUGUUAUUCUGAUAUUUUUCUUCCCUUCUAUUCCUGUCAUAGGGUCUGCAUACUAA